AUGUCGCCGCAGGUCAACAACCUUCCGCCCGGCCAUCCUGAGCACGAAGAUAAUCAAGAUAUACCUGAGUACAUCUUUUGUCUCUUCCUCCCUCCAACCCCGUCGCCAUCGCCUCCUCCACCCACACACCCUCUCACAGAGGAGAAUUUGUCCCUGCUGGAACAACAAUUCAUAGCAAUUGACACUGGACUCGAGCCCAGACUCGGAGCACUACUCAAGAUGUCGCACCUCGAAGACCCAACCGGCGAGUAUGCCUUCCUGGCGAAGCUCAUUCAGCGCAUGGAUCGACAUCUUAUCUUUCCUUUACUUGAACACAAGCUCGGGUCCGAAGACAUCUCACAACAGCGGUACGAUGACAUCAAACAGGCCAUUUUCAACCUUCUUAGUGACACGAACAUGAUUGACUAUGUGGGCAAUCUCUACAAGGAAAUUCAUAAGACAGAGUCGACGCCAGCCGAUUUUGCGAAGAAGAGAGAGGAAGUGUUGAACCAACUGGCAAAAUACCAAGAGGAGUCUGAACAUCUGACCAACUUGCUGAACGACGAGUCAGUCACUUCACAACUCCGAAGUGACAAGGUCGCCAACUUGAAGUUCCUCGAAGAACAACACGGCGUCACGCAGCAGAUGGUGGACAAUCUCUAUGAUUUUGGCAGAUUCCGCUACCAGUGCGGUCUUUAUCCCGAAGCCGCUGACUUACUCUACCGCUUCCGCGUUCUGUCAACUGACAAUGAAAAAGUGGUCAAAGCCACCUGGGGCAAGCUGGUCUGUGAAAUCCUAGGUGAAGAAUGGGAGAACGCGCUCGAAGAAGUGGAAAAAGUCAAGGAACAUAUCGAGACCCGGCUGUUCAACAAUCCUCGCGCUCAACUCACGGCCCGCGAAGCCUUGGUUCACUAUGCCCUCUUCCCGUUCUUCAACUAUGAACCUGCUCGUGAAAAGUUGACGGAAAUGUACUUCUCUGCGCCAUACAUCUCUUCCAUACAAACCGUUUGUCCCUGGAUCCUCCGUUACCUUGCGGCAGCAGUCAUCACCAACCGCACCCGCAUGAACAACUCGCACAACUACCAGAAACAACUCAAGGAUCUCAUCAGAGUUGUUAAACAGGAAGUUUACGAGUAUCAAGACCCCGUGACUGAGUUCGUCAAGGCCCUCUACGUCGAUUUCGAUUUCGAAGGUGCACAGAAGAAGUUGUCUGAAGCUGAGGCGAUUUUGAGGGGUGACUUCUUCUUGGGAAGCUCGACUGAUACUUUUAUGGAGAGUGCCAGACAUCUCAUCUCGGAGAGUUAUUGCAAGAUCCACCAGAGAAUUGAUAUCAAGGACCUCUCCACCCGCUUGGGCCUUUCUCCAACUGAAGGUGAAAAAUGGAUCGUCAACCUCAUCCGCGACACCAAGGUGGAUGCCAAAAUCGAUUACCAGGCUGGAACGGUCGUCAUGAACCACCCCCCUCAGAGCGUGUACCAACAGGUCAUUGAGAAGACCAAGGGUGCAUUCUUCCGCACGCAGGUGUUGAGCGCCGCCGUGGCGAAAUGA